AUGGCUCUGUCGCGAGACUACACCGUCGGCAUCUUCUGCCCACUUGAGGUCGAAAUAUGCGCCAUUCACUAUAUGCUAGAUGACGUACACAGGCAAACAAAAUCCCGAACAACUCGGUAUGUGUUGGGUAACCUCAGCGGGCACAAUGUCGUAAUUGCCACAAUGCCCUACACGUUCCGGGGCAAGAUCUCCACAGCGACCGCUGUCAGUCAGCUGAAGCGCGACUUUCCCAAGAUCUCAUAUCUCCUACUUAUCGGUAUUGGCGGUGGCAUACCCACACAAGGUAUCGAUGUUCGUCUAGGAGAUGUAGUGAUCAGUACCCCAACUGGAACGAAUCCUGGGGUGGUCCAGUACGACUUGGGCACAGCAUAUCAUGACAAGUUUGUGCGCGCCGAGCAGCAUCUGCUACCUCCUCCGCUCGAAUGGCUACAUGCUAUAUCUAGGAUGAAGGUUGCACAUCGAAUGGAAGGUGGCAAUGUUGAUCACUUCAUCGAAGAGCUACAUACACGCUGUGCGCAUCAGGCUUUUGUCCGCCCAUCACCUGAUACAGACACCCUUUUCGAGCCGACAUAUGACCAUGUUGAGGGUGAAGCAACCUGUAAUCAAUGCAGUCGAGACAGAGUUACCCAGAGGCCACCACGCUCUGAUCCUACCAAGCCAGUCAUACAUUACGGACUCAUCCUUUCCGGUGACUCAGUGAUAAAAGACGCAACAACAAGGGAUCAAAUCGCCAGGGAUGAAGGCGGGGCCAUUUGUUUCGAAAUGGAGGCUGCAGCCAUGAUGAAUGACUUCCCCUGUCUGGUCAUCCGGGGAAUCUGCGAUUACGCGGAUUCGCAUAAGAACGAUGUGUGGCAUGAGUAUGCCGCUGCAGCUGCCGCGGCGGUGGCUAAGGAAAUUCUUCGGUUCAUUGAGCCUAUUAUUCCUCGAAUAGAAGAUGAUCACAACUGCCCAUCCAAAGGUGCAGCGUCGUCGAAUGGGGCGAUCACGGGCACAUUCUAUGCACAGAAUGGCACGAUCACCAACAUCCAGACUAUGACAGCGGCAGGGAAUAUCUAUCUCGGAUGA